CCCUGAACCCGGUCGCCGCUUCCCACUUCCAAGGAUUAUUACACCAAAAUCUCUGUGCAUGGACACGCCGCAACCUCCAGAACCCGCCCUCUGUAUCUCUUCCACUUGGCUCCUCCUCCACAUUCUCUCUCUCUCUCUCUCUCUCUCUCUCAUAUAAAUAUAGAAGCGUAGUGGUGGCACGUCUAGAGUAGCAAUUGAAUGUGGGCGUCUCAGAGAAUCAUCAAUGCUCCCGCUAUAACUCCUCCCCUCUCGUCUUCGUCUUCCUCAACCUUCGUUUCCGGAGCCUUCCUCUUCCUCCGGUCCUCCUUUCCUUCAUCCUCCCAUCCUCGCUUUCUCUCUCCCUCGCUUUCUCUCUCCUCUUCCAUCUCUCUCUCCCAUUCCGCCAUGCCUUACAACCAGCGAAGGGGUGGGCGUGGAGAACAAAAGUGGACACAAAAGCAAAAGACUGAUGGCUCAUCAGCGUCGACAGGGGAUUCUUCAGCCGCUGUCACUAACAGAGUUGGUGAGUUGAGUCUUAGUGGAGGCAAUGGGCAGACCAAUGCUUCGGUUAAACCCUUACAGUUUGGGAAGGUCCAAUCGGCAAAUCAGGGUCCAGUACAAGGUCAGAAAGGAACUUGGAUGCCUAAGUCAUAUGGGACAGUGGAUGGAGCUAAAGCAGCAGAAGUUGAAGCACCUGUUGAUAAAUGUUCAGUUGGAACCCAGGGAAAUGGAGCUGGGCAAGCAGCAGUUAAAAAAACCAGUGUUGGUUUAAGUCAGUUGUUCAAUGGUAAUCUGUUGGAAAAAUUUACUGUGGACAACUCCACGUAUGCUCAAGUGCAAAUACGAGCUACUUUCUAUCCCAAAUUUGAAAAUGAGAAGACAGAUGGGGAGAUUAGGACAAGGAUGAUAGAGAUUGUAUCUAACGGCUUGGCUACCUUGGAGGUUUCACUUAAACACUCGGGAUCUCUUUUUAUGUACGCUGGUAACAAGGGUGGAGCAUAUGCCAAAAACAGCUUUGGGAAUAUAUAUACGGCUGUAGGCGUAUUUGUUCUUGGACGGAUGUUUCGGGAGGCAUGGGGACGUGAAGCACCAAAAGUUCAAGCAGAGUUUAAUGAUUUUCUUGAGAGGAAUCGUAUGUGCAUAUCAAUGGAACUCGUAACUGCUGUUCUAGGAGACCAUGGACAACGCCCGAAAGAAGAUUUUGCUGUAGUGACGGCAGUCACAGAUUUGGGCAAUGGAAAGCCAAAGUUCUACUCAACCCCUGAGAUAAUUGCAUUCUGUAGAAAAUGGCGCCUACCAACAAAUCAUGUAUGGCUGUUCUCAACAAGGAAAUCAGUGACCUCAUUUUUUGCUGCCUUUGAUGCUCUCUGCGAAGAAGGAACUGCAACAACUGUAUGCAUGGCUCUUGAUGAAGUUGCAGAUAUAUCUAUACCAGGUUCAAAAGAUCAUGUAAAGGAGCAGGGUGAAAUCUUAGAGGGCAUUGUUGCUCGUAUUGUAAGCCAGGAGAGCUCAAAACAUAUGGAAAAAGUCUUGAUAGAUUUCCCUCCUCCACCAAUGGAUGGAGGUAUGAUGUUUCCCUCUUUCAUCUAUCUGUUUUGGGGCAUUAUAGUUCACUUCAAGCUGGAGUUUUUUUGUGGGUGUGUUGUUGUUCUCCCGAUUCAGCUGCAACCUUCACUCUUAAAACUUAUUAAACCAUUUUCUCUCCUUCCCUUUUUGGUUCCUAAAUGAAAUCUUCUGUUAACA